AUGCAACUAGACGCGAACGACGAGAGGUCCCUCGCCAAUGACGAGGCAUCUACCGCUGAUGACGACCAGUACAAUGAAAAGCCCACUCCCCUCCCUGUUCUCCCCCUCAUCAGCCUCUUUUUGAUUCAAAUGGCAGAGCCUAUCACCGCAGCUGUGAUCUAUCCGUUCAUCAACCAGUUUGUCAGAGAGACUGGGAUCACAGGUGGGGACGAAAAGAAAACGGGAUAUUAUGCUGGCAUGAUCGAAUCAGCUUUUUUCCUCGCGGAAUGUCUGACCGUCGUCCAAUGGGGCUACUUGUCGGAUAGAUAUGGCCGCAGACCCAUUCUGCUGUGUGCUCCAGUUGGGUUGGCAUUUGCGAUGCUUGUUUUUGGGUCGUCGACCACCUUCUGGCCACUGGUGCUGUCACGGUGCAUGCAAGGAGUUUUCAAUGGAAAUAUAGGUGUGACGAAGACCUCAAUUGCCGAGCUGACGGACGCUUCAAAUCGGGGAGACGCCUAUGCAUAUCAACCAAUUGUAUGGAGCUUGGGAGUAACAACCGCGCCUAUAAUCGGUGGAAUGUUAUCCAACCCAGCAACAAGGUGGCCAGACUCACUAGGUCGGAUCAGGUACCUACGAACACAUCCUUAUUUUCUCCCAUGUUUCGUUGCCGCCCUAUUCGCGAUGGGGACGUUUGUGUUUGUAUAUUUCGGAAUGAUAGAGACAUUACCGUCUCUUGUUGCAAAAGAAAAAGCUUUGAAGCGCCUGCACGAUAUCGAUAAUACCAUUGAAUGUGCCGAUGCGACAGAGGAGUCACGUCUUCUUGGAGACCGCCAGAGUUAUGGCACAGAGUCUGAGGCGUCUACUAGUCGUUUAGGUGACACGACUUCGCCCCCUACAGGCGUUCUCGAAGUCAUCUUCACGCGGCCAAUCCUCCUGACUCUCCUGAACCAUGCAUUCCUUACGCUCCUCGAGAUGAGUUAUUCCGCACUCCUGCCCCUGGUAUACUCUACACCUAUAGAAUUUAAUGGACUCGGACUUGAUCCCUUCCGCAUCGGCUCGAUUCUUGCCACAUUCGGCUUCUGCAACUCGAUACUUCAGGCAAACAUGCUCGGGAAACUUAUCAGAAAGUACGGGGCCAGGCGUCUGUAUAGAGUCUCCUUUUCGUGCAUAUUGGGGUGCUUCACCAUGUACCCUGUCAUGCACUACUUUGCACAAAGAGCCGGACGAGUUAAUGGGUUUGUAGCGGUGUGUAUCGCGCUUCAACUGAGCUUUCAGACGAUGAUCUACAUGGCGUAUGGAUCUCUACAAGUCCUCAUCGUUGAGGCUGUCCCAGAAGGCGGGCCGAUGGGCACAGUCAAUGGCGUUGCACAGAUGCUCGGCUGUGCGAUGCGGACAAUCGCUCCCACAUUCGCUUCGUCGCUCUUCUCCAUCUCCCUCCAGAAAAAACUUGCGGGAGGCGACAUGGUCUAUUAUGUCCUGAUAGCAAUUACCGUGGUGGGGAUACGCUGUAGCGCUCUGUUACCUAACAAAAGGGCGAGAGGGCGUCAUCGCGCUAGACCCUAG